AUGACACCUGCGCUACUACUACCCACUAUCAACCCUAGGUCCGUACUCUGCUUCAUCCUCCCUGCUGUGCUACUCCCUGCUACAUCCUCCCUGCUGUGCUACUCCCCGCUGCAUCCUCCCUGCUGUGCUACUCCCCACUACAUCCUCCCUGCUCCGUGGUUCCUCUCCUCCCUUCCCUGCUGUGGUUCCCCUGCUCCCCUCCCUGCUGUGACUCCUCUCCUCCCUUCCCUGCUGUGGUUCCCCUGCUCCCCUCCCUGCUGUGGUUCCUCUCCUCCCUUCCCUGCUGUGGUUACCCUGCUCCCCUCCCUGCUGUGGUUCCUCUCCUCCCUUCCCUGCUGUGGUUCCUCUGCUCCCCUCCCUGCUGUGGUUCCUCUCCUCCCUUCCCUGCUGUGGUUCCCAUGCUCCCCUCCCUGCUAUGGUUCCUCUCCUCCCUUCCCUGCUGUGGUUCCCCUGCUCCUCUCCCUGCUGUGGUUCCUCUCCUCCCCUCCCUGCUGUGGUUCCCCUGCUCCCCUCCCUGCUGUGACUCCUCUCCUCCCUUCCCUGCUGUGGUUACCCUGCUCCCUUCCCUGCUGUGGUUCAUCUCCUCCCUUCCCUGCUGUGGUUCCCAUGCUCCUCUCCCUGCUGUGGUUACUCUCCUCCCUUCCCUGCUGUGGUUACCCUGCUCCCCUCCCUGCUGUGACUCCUCUCCUCCCCUCCCUGCUGUGGUUCCUCUCCUCCCUUCCCUGCAGUGGUUACCCUGCUCCCCUCCCUGCUGUGGUUCCUCUCCUCCCUUCCCGGCUGCGGUUCCUCUGCUCCCCUCCCUGCUGUGGUUCCUCUCCUCCCUUCCCAGCUGUGGUUCCCAUGCUCCCCUCCCUGCUAUGGUUCCUCUCCUCCCUUCCCUGCUGUGGUUCCCCUGCUCCUCUCGCUGCUGUGGUUCCUCUCCUCCCUUCCCUGCUGUGGUUCCCCUGCUCCUCUCCCUGCUGUGGUUCCUCUCCUCCCUUCCCUGCUGUGGUUCACCUGCUCCCUUCCCUGCUGUGGUUCCUCUCCUCCCUUCCCUGCUGUGGUUACCCUGCUCCCUUCCCUGCUGUGGUUCCUCUCCUCCCUUCCCUGCUGUGGUUCCUCUGCUCCCCUCCCUGCUGUGUUUCCUCUCUUCCCUUCCCUGCUGUGGUUCCCAUGCUCCCUUCCCUGCUAUGGUUCCUCUCCUCCCUUCCCUGCUGUGGUUACCCUGCUCCCCUCCCUGCUGUGACUCCUCUCCUCCCCUCCCUGCUGUGGUUCCUCUCCUCCCUUCCCUGCUGUGGUUACCCUGCUCCCCUCCCUGCUGUGGUUCCUCUCCUCCCUUCCCUGCUGCGGUUCCUCUGCUCCCCUCCCUGCUGUGGUUCCUCUCCUCCCUUCCCAGCUGUGGUUCCCAUGCUCCCCUCCCUGCUAUGGUUCCUCUCUUCCGUUCCCUGCUGUGGUUCCCCUGCUCCUCUCGCUGCUGUGGUUCCUCUCCUCCCUUCCCUGCUGUGGUUCCCCUGCUCCUCUCCCUGCUGUGGUUCCUCUCCUCCCUUCCCUGCUGUGGCUCACCUGCUCCCUUCCCUGCUGUGGUUCCUCUCCUCCCUUCCCUGCUGUGGUUACCCUGCUCCCUUCCCUGCUGUGGUUCCUCUCCUCCCUUCCCUGCUGUGGUUCCUCUGCUCCCCUCCCUGCUGUGUUUCCUCUCUUCCCUUCCCUGCUGUGGUUCCCAUGCUCCCUUCCCUGCUAUGGUUCCUCUCCUCCCUUCCCUGCUGUGGUUACCCUGCUCCCCUCCCUGCUGCGACUCCUCUCCUCCCCUCCCUGCUGUGGUUCCUCUCCUCCCUUCCCUGCUGUGGUUACCCUGCUCCCCUCCCUGCUGUGGUUCCUCUCCUCCCUUCCCUGCUGCGGUUCCUCUGCUCCCCUCCCUGCUGUGGUUCCUCUCCUCCCUUCCCAGCUGUGGUUCCCAUGCUCCCCUCCCUGCUAUGGUUCCUCUCCUCCCUUCCCUGCUGUGGCUCCCCUGCUCCUCUCGCUGCUGUGGUUCCUCUCCUCCCUUCCCUGCUGUGGUUCCCCUGCUCCUCUCCCUGCUGUGGUUCCUCUCCUCCCUUCCCUGCUGUGGUUCACCUGCUCCCUUCCCUGCUGUGGUUCCUCUCCUCCCUUCCCUGCUGUGGUUACCCUGCUCCCUUCCCUGCUGUGGUUCCUCUCCUCCCUUCCCUGCUGUGGUUCCUCUGCUCCCCUCCCUGCUGUGUUUCCUCUCUUCCCUUCCCUGCUGUGGUUCCCAUGCUCCCUUCCCUGCUAUGGUUCCUCUCCUCCCUUCCCUGCUGUGGUUACCCUGCUCCCCUCCCUGCUGUGACUCCUCUCCUCCCCUCCCUGCUGUGGUUCCUCUCCUCCCUUCCCUGCUGUGGUUACCCUGCUCCCCUCCCUGCUGUGGUUCCUCUCCUCCCUUCCCUGCUGCGGUUCCUCUGCUCCCCUCCCUGCUGUGGUUCCUCUCCUCCCUUCCCAGCUGUGGUUCCCAUGCUCCCCUCCCUGCUAUGGUUCCUCUCCUCCCUUCCCUGCUGUGGUUCCCCUGCUCCUCUCGCUGCUGUGGUUCCUCUCCUCCCUUCCCUGCUGUGGUUCCCCUGCUCCUCUCCCUGCUGUGGUUCCUCUCCUCCCUUCCCUGCUGUGGUUCACCUGCUCCCUUCCCUGCUGUGGUUCCUCUCCUCCCUUCCCUGCUGUGGUUACCCUGCUCCCUUCCCUGCUGUGGUUCCUCUCCUCCCUUCCCUGCUGUGGUUCCUCUGCUCCCCUCCCUGCUGUGUUUCCUCUCUUCCCUUCCCUGCUGUGGUUCCCAUGCUCCCUUCCCUGCUAUGGUUCCUCUCCUCCCUUCCCUGCUGUGGUUACCCUGCUCCCCUCCCUGCUGCGACUCCUCUCCUCCCCUCCCUGCUGUGGUUCCUCUCCUCCCUUCCCUGCUGUGGUUACCCUGCUCCCCUCCCUGCUGUGGUUCCUCUCCUCCCUUCCCUGCUGCGGUUCCUCUGCUCCCCUCCCUGCUGUGGUUCCUCUCCUCCCUUCCCAGCUGUGGUUCCCAUGCUCCCCUCCCUGCUAUGGUUCCUCUCCUCCCUUCCCUGCUGUGGUUCCCCUGCUCCUCUCGCUGCUGUGGUUCCUCUCCUCCCUUCCCUGUUGUGGUUCCCCUGCUCCUCUCCCUGCUGUGGUUUCUCUCCUCCCUUCCCUGCUGUGGUUCACCUGCUCCCUUCCCUGCUGUGGUUCCUCUCCUCCCUUCCCUGCCGUGGUUCCCCUGCUCCUCUCCCUGCUGUGGUUCCUCUCCUCCCCUCCCUGCUGUGGUUCCCCUGCUCCCCUCCCUGCUGUGACUCCUCUCCUCCCUUCCCUGCUGUUGUUCCCCUGCUCCUCUCCCUGCUGUGGUUCCUCUCCUCCCCUCCCUGCUGUGGUUCCCCUGUCCCCACAUCUGCUCUUACUCCAAGCUCGGAGCACUGCAAUUCCACCAUUCAUCUCCUCUAG